CUGGGAUUCAAACAUUUUGUGGGGUGAAGAAGGAAGGGGUAAAAAGAAAAUAACUGUUUACCCAGCAAUUUAGGUGUAUUUUUUCUCGUGUACAUCUCAUUAAUAUAUAUCUUUCUAUCUAUAAGCAACAUCUCCCUUCUCUUACUGUUGGUCACUCUUAAAUUAAAUGAAUCCUAUAUAUUCACUUCUUCGUCAAACUGCUAAAUCGUCAGUGAGAAACAUCGCUGCCAAGCGUACUUUAAUGUCAACUCCUGCUACUUGCUCAGACGCAAUCUUUUUGCACCGUGAUACACCUGACAAUAAUGCCAAUAUCAAGUUCAAAUUCACAGCAGAGAACAAAAAGCGCAUCGAAGAAAUAUUGAAAAAAUACCCUGAACAAUACAGAAAGGCAGCUAUUAUGCCUCUUCUAGAUCUUGGUCAACGACAAAAUGGUUUCACCUCUAUUUCUGUCAUGAACGAAGUAGCUCGUGUAUUAGAAGUGCCUCCUAUGCGUGUUUACGAAGUUGCAACUUUCUACACCAUGUAUAACCGCCAACCCGUCGGCAAAUAUUUCCUUCAGAUUUGCACAACAACGCCUUGUCAAUUGGGUGGUUGCGGGUCAACAAAAAUAUUGGAGGCUGUUAAGAAAAACCUCAAUAUCGAAGUUGGUGAAACGACGAAAGAUGGUAAAUUCACUUUGGUAGAAGUUGAAUGUGCUGGUGCCUGUGUAAAUGCCCCUGUGAUGGCAAUCAAUGACGAUUAUUACGAAGAUUUGACACCAGAAACUACAGUUAAAUUAUUGGAAAACUUGAAGGCUGAUAAACCGAUCACACCAGGACCACAAAGUGGACGUCAUACUUGUGAAUUUGCUCCCAACGUCUACACUACUCUCAACAAAGAACCCUACGGCCCUGGCUUCAGAGUCCGUAAAGAUUUGUAACGAGUAAAAAGACAUAUAAAGGAUCAGACAUGUAUCCCUAGAAUUGACAUAUGGAUAAUCAGAAACGAUUAAAACCCUUUUCAGCUUUUUUUGGUGCUUGUUUUGCACAAGGCAAACAUAAAAGUAGAUACAAUACUCUUUAUUUUUAUGAAUAAAUAAGAUGUACAUCCUUACACAGCUCAGUUAGGGAAAGA